GGGGGGGAGGCGGCGGCUCCCCGUCAGCUCGCGCCCCCUCCCCCGGCGCGGGGCUGCGGGGGCUUUGACAGGCGGCGGCCGUCGCGCCGUCGGGGCCCGGGCCCCUUUUGUUUCCGUUUCUUUUCGAGCCGCGCAGACUUCGGCCCGGGCCGGCGGCGGGCUCGGCCCUCGAGGGCUUCCCGUCCGGGGCCUCGUGCGUGCGGGGGAGCGAGGGCCAAGUUCUCGGGGGCAAAAUUCAAAAUUGUCGCGUCCGUGGAAAGGGCCGAGACGGGCCCGGAAGCCCGCUCUGCUUGGCCGGAGGGUGGGAGGGACGUGGAGCCCCUCCGUACCCACUUCCACGAGUGUUGUCAAAGGGACCGAAGGGGGGGGCGGAGUCCUUAAUUUCCCAAAUAGAAAGAGACUCGUCCGGUUGCAUCGGUCGCCGAGCGUCUGUUAAAUGGCCACUGGCAGGCACCCGGUUGGACCCGAAGACAAAAGCGAAGUCGUUCCUGCCCCCGAGGAGCUUCCGUUCUCGGAGUGGGGACGGGGGCGGCCGUGCAUCGCGGACGGGCUAGUGUGGGGAGGGGAGCCCUAGCAUCCCAGAGGAUCGGGAAAACUUCAUGAGAAGGGACCGUGGAGCCGAGCUUUGGAGAAAAGUAGCAAUUACUAGAGCAAUCCUACCAUUGGGUUUAUGCGUCCAAGAAGUGAAUGACAGAAAGAUCCUUUGUCUACAAUAGCAGCACUAAUGAUUCCCGAAUUUGACAACUUGUACCUGGAUAUGAAUGGAAUCAUACAUCAAUGUUCACAUCCUAAUGAUGAUGAUGUUCAUUUCAGAAUUUCCGAUGAUAAAAUUUUUGCUGAUAUUUUUCACUACUUGGAGGUAUUGUUUCGCAUUAUUAAGCCCAGAAAAGUUUUCUUUAUGGCAGUUGAUGGUGUGGCUCCAAGGGCAAAAAUGAACCAGCAACGUGGGAGACGAUUUCGGGCAGCAAAGGAGGCAGAGGACAAAAUCAAAAAAGCAUUAGAAAAGGGAGAAAGUCUCCCCACAGAAGCAAGAUUUGACUCCAACUGUAUUACACCAGGGACUGAAUUCAUGGCCAGAUUACAUGAGCAUCUGAAGUAUUUUGUAAAUGUGAAGAUUUCCUCAGACAAGUCAUGGCAGGGAGUUACUAUCUACUUAUCAGGCCAUGAGACUCCAGGAGAAGGAGAGCACAAAAUCAUGGAAUUUAUCCGAUCUGAGAAGGGAAAGCCAGAUCAUGAUCCAAACGUCAGACAUUGUCUUUAUGGUUUAGAUGCUGACUUGAUUAUGCUUGGAUUAACAAGUCAUGAGUCACAUUUCUCUCUUUUAAGGGAGGAGGUCCGAUUUGGUGGCAAGAAAACACAAAGGGUAUGUGCACCAGAAGAAACUACAUUUCACCUCCUACACUUGUCUUUAAUGAGAGAAUAUGUUGACUAUGAGUUUUCGGCAUUAAAAGACAAGAUUUCCUUUAAAUAUGACAUUGAAAGGAUAAUAGACGAUUGGAUUUUAAUGGGAUUUCUUGUCGGCAAUGAUUUUAUUCCUCAUCUACCUCAUUUGCAUAUCAAUCAUGAUGCACUGCCUCUUCUUUAUAGAACAUAUAUGACGGUCUUGCCAGAACUUGGUGGUUACAUUAAUGAAAAUGGCCAUCUCAACUUACCUCGGUUUGAGAAAUAUCUUAUAAAACUGUCUGAUUUUGAUCGUGAACACUUCAGCGAAGUUUUCGUUGACUUGAAAUGGUUUGAAAGCAAAGUUGGCAACAAAUACCUCAAUGAAGCAGCAGGUAUUGCAGCAGAGGAAGCAAAGAACUACAAACAAAAGAAACUGAAGGGCCAGGAAAACUCCAUGUGCUUGGCUGCUUUAGACAAAACUGAAGAAGAAGUAGUGGCUUCAAAGAGUGUCAUAGAAGAUGAACCUGAAGAUGAUGACCUCUUUGAAACAGAAUUUAGACAGUACAAGAGAACAUAUUACAUGACCAAGAUGGGAGUAGAAAUCGUUUCAGAUGACUUUCUGGCUGACCAAGCUGAAUGUUACGUGCAGGCAAUACAGUGGAUUCUGCACUACUACUAUCAUGGAGUUCAGUCCUGGAGUUGGUAUUACCCUUACCAUUAUGCACCUUAUCUGUCAGAUAUUCGCAACAUUAGUGAACUCAAAAUUCAUUUUGAGUUAGGAAAACCUUUCAUGCCAUUUGAACAGCUUCUUGCUGUACUACCAGCAGCCAGCAAGGAUUUGCUUCCAAGGUGCUACCAGCAUUUGAUGACUAGUGAAGAAUCUCCAAUUAUAGAAUACUAUCCUCCAGAUUUUAAAACUGAUCUAAAUGGGAAACAACAAGAAUGGGAAGCUGUUGUUUUAAUCCCAUUCAUUGAUGAAACGCAAUUACUACAAGCCAUGGAGUCAUGCAACAAGUAUUUGAGAGAAGAGGAGAAGAAAAGAAACAGGCAUAGUGAGUGCCUAAUGUAUUGGUUUGACCAGGAUGCUGGGUUUAAGUACCCCUCACCCUGGCCUGAGAAGUUCCCAAGCCUUGAGAAGUGUCGUGCCAGGUAUAAAAUAAUAUCUUUAGAUGCUUGGCAUGUAGAUGUUAGUCACAAUAAAAUAACUAAAAUUGACCAGAAGGCACUGUAUUUCUGUGGGUUUCCUACUUUAAAGCACAUCAAACACAAGUUUUUUCUGAAGAAAAGUGGAGUACAAGUAUUCCAGCAAAGCAGCCGUGGAGAGAAUAUGAUGUUAGAAAUCCUAGUUGAUGAUGACUCAGAUGAACUUCAAAUAGAAAAUGUUGCUUCAUUGGUGCUUGGAAAGUCUGUCUUUGUUAACUGGCCUCACCUUGAAGAAGCUAGGGUUGUAGCAGUAUCAGAUGGAGAAACUAAGUUUUACUUGGAAGAAACUCAGGGAACUCAGAAGCUUUACUUGGGAAAAACUGUCCCACCAACUAAAGUGGUUCAUGUUGGUGAUAAAGAGCAGUCUAACUGGGUGAAAGAAGUACAAGCAAUUUCAGAACACUACCAGAGAAGAAAAGGAAUAAUAAUAAAUGAAACUUCUGUUGUUGUGUAUGCUCAGUUACUUACCGGUCAUAAGUAUCAAUUAAAUCAAAAUGGUGAGGUUCAUCUGGAGAAACAGUGGUCAAAACAAGUUCUUCCUUUUGUAUAUCAAACUGUUGUCAAGGAUAUUAGUUCUUUUGAGACACAUUUCUCUAACAUCAAAACAUUGGAUGACCUAUUUCCACCUAGAAGUACAGUCUUUAUGCUGGGGACUCCUUACUAUGGCUGCACAGGCGAAGUUCAGGAUUCAGGGGAUGUAAUCGCAGAAGGUAGAAUUCGUGUGGUUUUCAACAUUCCAUGUGAACCUCAUCUUGAUGCCUUAAUACAGAACCAGCAUAAAUAUUCUAUAAAAUACAAUCCUGGAUAUGUUUUGGCCAGUCGUCUUGGAGUGAGUGGAUACCUUGUUUCAAGGUUUACAGGAAGUAUUUUUAUUGGAAGAGGAUCUAGGAAAAAUCCCCAUGGAGACCACAAAGCCAAUGUGGGAUUGAACCUGAAGUUCAAUAAGAAGAAUGAAGAGGUUCCUGGCUACACCAAAAAAGUCGGCAAUGAAUGGAUGUAUUCUUGUGCUGUGGAGCAGCUCCUGGCAGAGUACCUUGAGAGGGUACCAGAACUCUUUAGUUACAUAGCUAAGAACAGCCAAGAAGACGUGUUCUAUGAAGAUGACAUUUGGCCUGGUGAAAAUGAGAAUGGUGCUGAGAAAGUUCAAGAAAUUGUUACGUGGCUAAAGGCGCAUCCUGUCAGUGCUUUGUCUCGCUCAUCUUGUGAUUUACAAAUUCUGGAUGCUGCUAUUGUUGAGAAAAUUGAAGAAGAAGUAGAGAAGUGCAAGCAAAGGAAGAGUAAUAAGAAGGUACGAGUGACAGUGAAACCUCAUUUACUGUACAGACCUUUAGAGCAACAACAGGGAAUUAUUCCUGAUCGGGAUGCAGAAUUCCGUCUUUUUGACCGUGUUGUAAAUGUGAGAGAGAACUUUUCAGUUCCUGUGGGCCUCCGUGGCACCAUAAUAGGAAUUAAAGGAGCUAGUAGAGAAGCAGAUGUGCUUUUUGAAGUAUUAUUUGAUGAAGAAUUUCAUGGAGGUUUAAGGAUAAGGUGCUCACCUGCAAGAGGUUAUCGACUGCCAACAAGUGCCUUAAUUAACCUUUCUCAUGGUAAUCGCUCAGAGACUGGAAAUCAGAAAUUGACAGCCAUAGUGAAACCACAACCCGCUGUGAACCCAUGCACUUCAAGUUCAUUUGUUGCAACUUCUCAGAAAGCCCACUUAGGCUCCAGCAGUUCUCGAUCACUUUUGACUCCUCCUCAAGUACCUUCUAAAGGUGAUGAUGAAUUUUGCAGUAUUUGGCAGUCAUUACAAGGAUCAGGAAAGCCUCAGCAUUUUCAGCAGAAUUCACAGGAGGGUUUGGUUCUACCUCAAGAAAUAAACAGAGGAGCUACUGCCACUCAGUAUCAUAAAUCUGGCUUCAAUGACAGCAGCAUUAAGGGUCAGCAAAGAAAAUGUGACCAAUAUAGAAAAUUCAAAGAAGAUUGUAAAAUCUCUAAAAAUGAAUGUCAGUCACAAAAGACAGCAAAUAAACAGACUUUUGGAGGAACCCCCAAAUGUAAUGUUAAACUUUUGAAGAGAAAUGGAAGUCCCAGUGCUUCAGAUGUCCAGAAGGUUGUAAGUGAAGAUCCAAAGACAGUUGGGAAGACUGACCCUGGAAUUGAGAAUUUCCUAAUAUCCUUGAAAAUCUCCAAGGAGAAUGAAGUGCAGUAUGGCGAGGAGCCAACAACAAGUGAAGAACAUUUGUCACCACAGUCAUUUGCUAUGAAGGGAACACAGAUGCUUAAAGAAAUUCUGAAAAUUGAUGGCUCUGACCCUGCGGACCACAAGAAUGAAGUAAAACAAUUGGUUAAUGAAGUUAAUGCCUCUUCUAAUAGGAAAGAGGUCUAUGGAUCUUCUUCACAGCCUAGGCAAACAAGGAAGUUAGCUGCUUAUAUGAAUAAGCCUCAUAAUCCCGGAGAUUGUCAUAGUGCUCAAGCGAUAGACAGUUUAGGCCGACCUGUCCUCAACCAGCAGCCUUCUGUGUCCACACCAGUUUCAGAGCUUUCUCGACUUUGUUCUCUUGUUGGAAUGCCACAACCAGAUUUCACCUUUCUCAGAACACCACAGACAAUGACAGUUUGUCAGGUAAAAUUAUCUAAUGGCUUACUAAUACAUGGACCACAAUGCCCAUCUGAAAAUGAAGCCAAGGAGAAAGCCGCUUUGUUUGCUUUACAACACCUGAGCACUGUCGGAAUGAAUUUUCCUUUGCCUCCACCAAUGUUUCCAAAUUAUCCACCUGCUGUACCCACCGGGGCCAUUCCUCCAGUAUUUGCCCAACCUACUGGCUGGGAUCACUAUGGAAGCAGCUUAGCCUUUGGGGCAGCUAACAUAAUGCCUCCGUCUCCUCCCAUCUUUGGCUCAGUGCCAUGGGGAUCUCCAGUGCCAAUUCCUGGAAAGCUUUACCACCGCCAUGCUCCGUACCCCACACACAUGCCUCUCACAGGACCAGUGCCAGCUGCACCCCACAAUCAGUUCAUACCUCUGCAGGUUACAAAGAAAAGAGCUGCAAACAAAAGGAACAUUGAGUGUAAGGGAGCCCAAGGUUGUUCUUCUCAGGCCGCUUCUCUUCAGCCAGACUCCCCAGGGCAUUCAGAAGGUGCCCAGUUAACUUCCCAGGAGAGUUCUUCAUCUUUAAAGUCACCUCAAGUUCCUCCAACUACAGUUUCUUCUCAAGACAGAGUAGCCUCUUCAAGCUCUGGUACUUCUCGUGCUAAAUCAACACCAAGUUCUUCAAGACGAAAACCAAGGAAACUGGCAGUCAACUUUGGUGUUUCUAAACCAUCAGAAUAAAUAUGGUAUUUAGGAUUAAAUUAAUGUUUUCUUUACAACCUCCCCAAACUUUUUUAAUAAGGAUCUUAUGUGUCCUGUUAAAAAAAAAAACAAGAAUGCACUAUUUAAAAAACAGGUUUGUAGUAUUGAAAAACUGAAGAUCUUUUAGUUGUUAGGUUUUUCUCAGACUGUUAAAAGUAUAUGUACAAAAAGUUGGUGUUGUGAAAGGCACUGAAGAAGCAAACUUAAAAAUGAACCACUCCAUCCAUCCAUUGUGCUUAGAUACUAGGAGCGUCUUAGCACCAUGACUUGGAGAUUAUAUGAGCAAUAAUAAUAAUAGCAUUUUCUAAUCUUUAUUUGAGGCAGUAAAUAGUGGUAGAGUUGAAAUGGGGCCUCAAACAUAAUUUACUAUAGGUGAAUUUUAUUUUUGUAAUAGUUUAAUAAAAUGGAUGGGGAAGAGAGGAGUGGCUCUUAUUUCUUUGCAUCUUAAUUUGUGUUCUUUGGCUCUAUGGGUCCUUUGAGCCUAAAAGAAAAUAAACUUAAUGGGGCUGCUGCUGCCAGGCUUGCUUUCUGUCCAAAUUUUAUACCAAAGCUGCUUUCAAAUACCAACCAGAACUUUGAUCUCUCUAAAUGUCUAGAACUUUAAUAGUAGCAAAUUAGGUUUGAGUGAUUAAUUAAAAAACACUUGGGUUGCUCAUGAACCAGCAUUGUUAAGUAACAAUAGUUUAAUUUAAAUAUCUACAAGAUUCAAUUACUAUAAAUGAAUAGACUGUUGAACUAUGAUGCAAAUCAUUAAUCAUGUCAAUAUAAUUCUUCUGUAUGAUUUUCCAGCUGCUGCUUUACCACCAUGUGAACCUGCCUCUCAUUCAAACACAAUGCUGCCUAGGAGACUAAAGAAAUCUUAAAUAUAGUUUAAAUUCCAGGGUGUGUGCUUAUGUAGGAGCAAACAUCAGUCACUUUUCUAUUUUAUAUAUUAUUUCUAUGGCACAUGUCUAUUUCAUAUCAGUUCCAUAUUUUUAAACCCUUUCUUGGAACUGCUUAGUGACUUGCAUUGUGUUUUCUUUGCAUGUUACUUAUAUUUAUAUUCAUGUAUGAGAGUGUGUAUAUAUUCAAUGUGUGACUAUUGAAAUUAUUUUAAAAUUUGUUAAAAAUUCAGUGUCACUGAGGCAAAAUUUGUAUACUCAAGGAUCUAGUCUUUGUUAUUUGGGUUUUUUUAAGGAAUGGGCAUUGUCAUAUGCUUUAUUUAAAAAAAAAAAGAUAAAAAAGAAAGAAAAGGGCCACACAUCUAAUGUGGUAUUGCUUUUUAAUCUUGUGUCCAACUUCAUUGGUUUUCUGUUCUACUGUGGAUCUUAAAGAAGUUUUUAUUCUCAAAAUUCAGUUGUUAACCUAAUAUUUUCCUCUCUGUGCUGAUUCCAGUGUUCCUCUAGUAGGCUAUAUAAAGUGAUAUUAACAUAUCAGUAGUGCCUUUAGCACAAGGAGAUGGCCAUAAUUGAUAUAUUACUGUUUUAAGCUAUUCACCAUCUCCUAUAUUCAUUUUCUAGGCUCUUCAGAUACCAACUCCUUGAUUUUUACUAUUCAGAAAGUCUUUGUAUAUUGUGGUUACAGUGAACAGUGUCUAAUGAGUCAAGAAAUUCAGAGUGUUGUUUCCAUGCUUUUGCAAACUCCCUAUAUCCGUGCCACUGCUCAAUAGCCAGCAGUCAUUCUUGGCUUUCAGAUACAUAGGGGCUGCUUAUUAGGAAUGGGAAACAUUCGCCUCCUAUUUUGGAACCCUAGAGAAAAAAAAUCUAAUAGAAACAGUGAUGUCAAUACUAACAUCUUAUGUUUAUGGUAUAUUAAAAUCUUCAUCUCUGGCAGCUAUGUAAACUAACAAAUCAUUUCAACUUGGUAAUGUCAAUAUAACUUCUUUUAGGACGUAAAGAGAAGAACUUCCAAAACUGCAAAAAGAGGGGGUUUUUUUUCCGUAGAGUACGAUUUUGCAUCUUAAAUACUGUCAAUGUCCUAGUAAAGCUUGCUCAAAAUUUUAUAAGAUGUCACCUUAAAAUAGAAGAAUUGCCCUAGCAUUAUGCCAAGCAAAUGACUGAAUUGAUUCGUAGAGAUAAUUGCCACCAAGUGAUUAGUUAGGAGUCAUGAAUUCCUAUAGGGCUUUCAUUUUUUUCCGUGAAGGUCUUUUCCAAGUGCUUGUAUGACUGAGGCUACAGAGAUGAAAUGGAAUAGAAUACACAAGGCAAAUGGAAAUGUUUCACCUACUCUCUUCAGGGGGCUUAAAGUUAAAUGAUGCUAACUUUGCCCCAGAAAUGAAGAUUUAAAGGCCCCAAGUGAGCUUAUCCACCUCCAUCCAGUUAAAUUAUAGGAUCUUGUUUCCAUUUAUGGUCAUGCCUGGUGUAGUCUUGAGAAUUUCUCCUAGGAUUAAGACUUUGGGCCUGACAGCCUAAAUUCUCUGGUUAACCCUUCCAUCCAAGGCAAGCUCAAAGUAGUCCCCUGGGUUGCUACCUGUUUACCUUACUGCCUUCUUUUUGCAGGUCAGACUCUUCUUGGUGAUUAGACUCCUAGAAUAUGUUAGGUGUCGGAAGAGCUAAGCCCAAAGUGGUUUCAGAAAGAAUACUUAAGUGCCCCUUAACUCUAUAUUUAAGCACUAGUUAGGUACAUACUUGGUUAACAAAGUAUAUUUAUUUGUUGACCAGAUUUAGCAGAUUCAUCAUCUGCAUUCAAGGAUACUUCUUAUGUUUUUCCAAAUUACUUGUAAUCUAUUAUUAUUUUUAUAUCUUUAUAGAUUAAAUAACCCAGAUAUUACAUACUUAGGCGUCUCAGAAUGGAUGAGUUGAGGAUUUUAAUUCAUCUGUAAAUGAACCUUAGUUCCACCUUGGAACUUGCUAGUUAACAAAAGGCAUCCAAGUAGUUAUGAUUGGAAAUGCUUCUUGUCGGUUUAUUUUUUAGACGGCUAGUGGAGAUAUAGAUAUAUAGAUGUAAGAUGGUUUCAUUUUUGUUCUGAGAACUUUCUAUACCUGAUUAGGACUAUUUAAAAAGAGGGGAAAGCUGAUGGUAAACAUCAAGACAAAAUAUAUAAGAACACUGCUUUCUUGACCAGUACCGUUCUAGCCUAUUCAAAAUAACUUUGUCUCUAAAGGUUAUUUGGAAAAUCAUUUCAUUAAAGGCUAUUAUAGUUCUCAGUGUUUUUAAAUUGCUUAUCAGUCAAAAUGUACUUCCACCUCACCUUUUUUUUUUUUGAUGGGGUUGGGGGGACCUGAGUGUAUAUGAAAAUAUGUUUCACCAAGAAAGAAGCCAAUCACAGUUCACUUGCCUUGGAGAGCAGCAUAAAUCUUCAGUGCUGCUAGUUUUUGUUGGCUUUACUGAUCAGACUUUGGCAGCUAAACUUUUAGAAGGUGCCUCUCCUAAUUAGAGAUAUAGACUCUGAAUUCCAGAAGGAAGAUAUGCCUAUCACAGUUAUCAGGUCCUCCACACAGACGCCCUAAGCAGCGAGAUAGUAUUAUAACAAAAGAUAGAAUUUGUUUACAUUGGGUAGGGCUACUGAAAUAAAAAAUGUUUUGUAGGGCUACUCCUUAAGGAGGAGAAAUAAAAUUUAGCGUAGGGAAUUCAUAGCAUAGGAUUCAGUACUGAAAAGUAGUGUAACAUACAGCUUUUUAGUCAUUUCUUGUUUCUUAGAAUAAUCGUGGUAUAAAAUUUGGAGACAAAACAUUUUAAUUGUGUCCAACACUUAGAAUGGGAACUGAAGAAGUAAUAAAGUGCAUGGCCGUAUCAAAGCAUUCAGCUAUCUGAAAUGCAGUUUAUGAAGGGCACUAACUAUCCCAUUUCCAGGAGAUAAAUCUUUAUAGUAGUUGCCCCUUCCAAACUAGUGUAUUUCAGAAGUAUUGUACCUCCAGCUCACAGAUUUUGGAGAGCACUAGAUUUGGAGACAAAAGACAGGUUCAAAUCCGAGCUCUUCUACUUUAGUACCUGUGUGACCUUGAACAAGUCACUGCCUGGGCCUCAUUUUCUGCUUCUCUAAAAUGAAAGGAUUGGACUAGAUAAUUUCUAAAGUUCCUUCCAGCUCUAUACCCUGUCUGAAUUACCAAGGCCAGUAAGUUAAGCUUCUGUUUCAUCAUCUGAAGCCAUAUUCUCAUGCUAUAAGCUCAUGCAGAAUCAAACAGAUGAGAAUUUGUACCAUAGAUUGCUGUGGGUUCCAUUCAUCCUUUCUUCAUACCUUACAGUUCAUUUUUCUUUUUAUUCACAGGUUGCGUACAGUUUCCUCUACCUGAUGCCCAAUUGUUUCUUUUAGUUUUUAUAUGUUAUAGUACAUGAAUAAUGGAUCUGUGCUACAUCAUCCAUGACUUCAACUUUUUAUUUGCUUUAAACAAUGUAAUUAAGUUAAAUUUUCCAGAUAUAUCUUGAAGCAUUUCUUUAUCCUCAUAGAUAUAAAUAUUUUAUAUGUACUGGAAUUUUUCAUUAGAACUUAUACAGAGCAGUAUUUUAUUAAGAAUCCCAAAGGGAAAAUCUUUCUGUGCUCAUUUUGUAGUUUAUGAUUUUUUUAAUAUCCUGUCAUUGUUUAUCUGCCAAGUAAAGUGUCUUAAACUUGUAUUUGAAUGGAUCUAGAAUGUAUUUUUGUGUUUAGUGUUAAGUUGUGCAUUUACAGAUUUCUAGCAUGUAGUUUGCCUAAAAGACUGUGCAAAAAGUAUUUUAAAGUAUAUGAUACAUUGGAGGAAUAAAAGAACCAGCCAUAAGAUUUAAAUGCUGUAUAUAUCUGUAAUUAAACAAUUGAUAAUCAUUCUGUA